AUGGGCAGAAAACCAAACCCCGUCAUUGGGGAGUAUUUCACGAGGGGCCCCAAGUUGGCCGACUCAAGUAACCGAUAUCCCCAUACCUGCAAGUUAUGCGGUGAGAACUUCCCCAAAGGCCGCGGCGAAGUUUUGCACAAACACAUUACCGAAAAAUGCCCCGCCAUAACACCAGAGGAACGUAUCAAUGCCGCACUCGGAUUUGCUGGUCUUCACUCAGGCGCGUCCGCCCCGCGGUCCAUGAAUCUUACUGUCAACCAGCUUGAUGCUGCAGCCGCAGCAGAAGUCGCGACUGAGGCCCCAGAGAACUGGUCCGCGUUGCGUACCCUCGCAGAAGCUUCGCGUCAGGUUGGCGAAAACGAGAUGGGUGUUCCUCAAGCUCCAGGACGAGAAGUCGCAGAUCCGACCGCUCGUCAAAUGGGCAUGGGCAUGGGCAUGGGCUUUGAGGUCCAGGAACAGUUCACCUUGGAGAACCCACCGGUGAGCUAUGAGAACAGGCCUGCUCGUGAGAGAAAGGAGUCGGCCUCCCAGGAAAGCGCCAACCCUCUGAGUUUCCUCACCACUGAAGAGAAGAUGGAGCACCUUCAAGCAGCGACGCAGCAACCCGCCGCCAAUCCUCUAGACACUUCGGAUCUUUCUGUUGCUGCCGCUGCAACCGCCCGUCUCACUCACAACCUAAUGGACCCUCAGCUCACUGCCGAGCAUCACGAGGCCCAGAUCGUAAGCCCCAUCAUGUCGCCAGCGGAAGUCACCAACACGAUUCCCGACCUCAACAACGCUACUACUCCUCAACAGCCCUGGGGGGAGAUGACUUACAUGACUACCAAUCACAACCCCACUAUCGCGACUCAUGUCGCUACCAUUGCACCUCCUAACAGAGGCGGCACCAGAAUGCCCAUUGGCAAUGGGACUUCGAGUGAGCACAAAAGAAAGGCGUAUACCCCGGUCCGACGGAAGGAAGUUCAGGCUGCCCGAAAGAAAGGUGCUUGUAUUCGAUGCCGCAUCCUGAGAAAGACCUGCGGCACCCAUGACCCCUGCGACCAAUGCCGCAAGAUCCAAGGCCCCCGUCACUGGACGUAUCCUUGUGUUCGAACUCGUCUCAAUCAAGAGUUGACCCUCUACUCAGCUGCUUUGAUUGUUGUUCUUGCGCAAACUAGAGUUAAGCAGGCCAGGCAGUCCUACCAACUGCUCUCAAACGGCACCUCUCUCGUUGUUUCCUUGUGGGAAGACAGUCCUAGUCUCAGUCUUGCUGCUCUGGUCACGCCUCGUCAGCCCCAGCCCGAAACAGUCCCUGAAGGAGCAGAGCAGCAAAACGGAGAUGGCCAGCCUCCGGAACAACCUCAUACGCUGUUUCAAGUCGUCAUGAUCGAUCAAGACAAGGAAGACCUUCCAGCUCGAAUGGAAGAGUUCUUGAAGCUCAUUUUGCCCACCCUUAUACAGCGUGAGCCUUCCCACUUUAUGCAAGUGGUCCUGGACUCUGCGCAGAAAUUCCCAGGGGACAAGGCUACCGGCAAAAUCUUGAAACUUGCCAUUGACCUAUGGGGUCUUAUUGAGAUUCUUGACCGUGAGCGCGGCUGGUACAUCUCUGAAGAACAUCAAGGUGUUGUCGUUCCCCGCGGCCCUGAGGACUUUGCAGGCAGCGACGAUCAGGAUAUCUACAACCUGAUAACAUUCCAAUUGUCCGCAGCGACCGAGCGCAGAGCGAACAACGUCUCCAACAAACUGAUUAGUGAGCUUCAGCGGUGUCUUGAAAACGGCAAGGCCAGGAUCCACUUUGACGUGUACCUUUCGAUCCUCAUCCUCCUGCACUGUCUCGAGAAAACCACCUGGACCUUCAAGGUUUGGGAGAUGGACGACUUCCGCCAGCGUUGGCCUCUGGACCGUCCACCCUCAUGCUAUGUCAACCAAGGCCACGAGAUUGCAGACCUGUUGAAGAUGCUGCUGACCCUCCGGAAGGCCCAUCCGAAGACAUUCCGGGCACUCGACGGACGCUUGACCGUACUCGACAUUGGCGAUCCCGACCAUGCUCCAGUGGUGGAGUUCUUCAAUGCGCUGAACCUUGACUACGACGACGUCGUUCGCAAGUUGGAAACCUGCGCCUUCAGUCCAGAGACAUCCCGCUCUCUGGAACUACACUUUUGCAGUCACGUUCUGCUUCCGCCGAAGGAAGGAGAGAGCGCAGCCGGUCACCACAUGGGUGCGCCCACUAGCUCCGGCCAUACAACACCUCCACCGCCUCCAACCUCGGCUCCUUCAGCUGUCGGCUCCCCGACGGUCACUGACACCCUUCCGACAGUGCUCGCCUAG